AUGGAACAGAGGGUUAAAUCAUUAUUCAAAAAACUAUCUACCAAUCAACAACAAAAACUUGAACACGUACAUGUAGGUGAAGCGAGUGAAUUUUACUUUGCAUGCAGGAACGGAGAGACUGAAAAAGUCAAACAAUUGUUGCCUAAUAUUCCGUAUCAUCAACUGAAUCAAUUAGAACCUAAUGGCAGUACUGCUCUUCAUGCUGCAACGUUUUUUGGUCAUCUGGACAUUGUUCAUCUACUUCUACAUGACUAUAGUUGCCAACGACAUUUACGAAAUCGUCAUGGUUUCACAGCAUAUGAAGAAGCAGAAACAGAUGAAAUGAGACAACUGUUCCAUCGACCUUCAGAUGCAAACCGAUUUAAUGACGAUUCGAUGAACCUGGAAAAAACAUUUCAAAUAGUUUUAGUACCAUUGGAUACAGCUGAAACAGACGGUAGUGACUAUGGCGAUCAUGCUGAAAAACCUGAUCAACGCUGUUGUCUCAGCUAUGAGACGCAUGAAGAAGUUCAAAGAUAUUUAGAUGGUCUUAGUGGAGUUAAAGAAUUCUCUCAAUCACGAGUCGGACGGUAUAUCAUGAAACAAGGAAUGAAAUUAAAACUUGGCAAAGAUACCGGUUAUAACGAAGAAGAGUAUGCUGUAAUUACAAAUGAGAAAUUUCGACAAGACGCCUUACAAAAUCUAUUGGAUGAAUACGUUACUCCACAACAUUCUUCUUAUCGAUGUUGUUGUGAAUUGCUUCAACAAUAUGUUGAACAAGGGAAAAUCGAAGAUUUGUUGAAACUCUACACGAUGGAAACGCCAUUUUACCAUCAACUGUUGAUAUCUUCAAGUCCACUGGGCUUUCCAUUUUUUUUGCAUCUGUCCGAAUUGAAACAACGCUUUUAUGAAGGAUAUUCCUAUCGUGGUGCUGGAUUGACUAUGAGCGAGUUGGAGACAUAUCGUUGGGUAUUGAAAAAGAAAAAUAGUAUUUUAUCAUCGCUUCCAUUUUCAUCAACGUCGAUUGUUCGAGAAGUUGCUGAGAAGUUUUGCGAAAAAUCUGCAUUAUCAUCAGAUAAACAAAGAGUUCUAUUCAUAUACCAUUUUCCUCAACCAUGUAGUACAGCAAUUAAUUUAAGUGAAAUUCCUGAAUACAAACUUCCAUGUAUAUCGUUUUUCGAAAAUGAAAAAGAAGUAUUAGUUAGCACACGAACCUAUUUCAAAGUCACAAAAAUUGAAUCCGAUGAAUGUAAAGUGCAAUAUGUUAUUAGCCUGGAAGCUUUGUAUGAAGCACAGCGAACUGUAUUCGAUUCACUAAAAAUGUUCAUUAAAGAUGAUCUGAAAACGAAAGCUAAUAAAAAAACUUCAUAG